GACUUGUGAAUGAAUGGAUCGUGUUGGACCCCUCCCACGCCUUGUAAGAGUUUAAUUGUCUGGUUUUGCAAAACCAGAGUAUUUAAAUAGCUGGAUCAGUUUGGGUUGAGUGGAAUUCUACUUUCACUCUCGAGUACUUCUGAGUUGAGCUCUUUGCCUGUCUCGUUACUUCAUCACAAUGCAGGUAUCUUCGAUGUUCGUCUAUGCUGGCUUCUUUCUGAUGUUGCAAAGUUAUUUCCGCGCCGUGCAAGGUUGGAAAGUAUUAAAAAAUGAUGCUACAGAAAUCAUACCAGAAUACCACGAAGACAUACAGCAACCAGAACCAGUGGAUCAGUCAAACAGUACCAUGAUGAACCGGGCGAAACACGGGGGAAGGAUGGCAUCUUCCAAUACAGAGGCUUAUAGUGCUUCAGACCUGAGCUGCAGAGAGUUGUGCUCCACCCGAUACAUUACGGACGGACCCUGCCGCAGCAGCAAGCCAGUAAAAGAGCUGGUCUGUUCGGGCCAGUGUGUCCCGUCGCACCUCGUCCCUAACUCCAUCAUCCGCGGGAAAUGGUGGCAGCACAACUCCUCCGACUACCGCUGCGUCCCAGCACACUCACGGACUCAGCGAGUGCAACUUGAGUGCCCCAACAAUGAGAACAGGACUUACAAAAUCCGAGUAGUGACAUCGUGCAAGUGCAAGCGCUACACCCGCCACCACAACCAGUCCGAGUUCAAAGAGAAAGUGUCCCCCAAGCCCAGGAGGAGCAAGAAGAGAUCUCGUCUUUCGAGAGUGAGAAGCAAGGGGAACAACCACGAGAUUGAAAGCACUUACUAAGCAGAAAACAGCCAGUAGCGAUUACAGACUGUUUGCCAAGAUCUGCCUAGCUUUUGGAAAAGCAGAAACAUUACCAAGGGUUGCAAAGCUGUGUGCUCAGUAAGAACAGUGCAUUUUCUUGGGAAUCUUUCCAGUGUUUUUAUAACUUUAUUUGCAUGUUCUGUUGAGUCCUAGUCAUUUAUUAACGGCACAUCGGACAGUGUGAAUGUCUGAAGGCUACACUCCACUGGGAAAUAUAUUUCCCAGUGGAAAAGCUAGUUCAUUUAACAGAUUCCAUGACAUGACCAAGAUGGACAAAGGUACUUCUAACACAAACCCAUAGAAUAGUAAUUUGUCACCUUCUAAUGAAAAUCUCUCCAAUAGUAAAGAGGGAUAAUGUUUAUCUUUAGACAAUUGAAAUGUGAUUCCAUAAACUAGACUAUACCCUGAACGCAGCAUUUUAUUUUCAAUAUUUAGAGAGGCACAUCCAUUUUCUUUUAUCCAAAUCUCCAAUGUUUAGAAAGCCUUGGUUUGGUUGAAAGACUACUUUCAAACUUCUUAAUGUGCCAUACUAUCUAUCACAGGGUGGAGCACCUUACAAUAGAAACCAGUUAACAAAUGUGUCCUUGGCAUUUCAUAAUGGAUGGCAUUUGGGAAUUGUUUUGUUGUCUGAGUCUGCAAUCUUGCUCGUGCCAGCAUUCUCAAAAUGGCUUGGCAGUUUGGGACCAGGAGCCUGGAACGAGGGGAAAAACAUGUUAGCAAACAAAGAAAAAGAUAGAUCUAGAGCUACAAACUGAUAACAAACUUGCAGCAGUGUGCCAAGCAUGGAAUCUGAACUGUGACUUGUUUUAAUUGGCAAAUUAUUCCCACUCUUGCUUUGCAAAGACUGAUUUGAUGUCACUCCCUUAUAUAGGUCUACAUGAUACUAAUGCUUCUGCAUCAUGAGUCUUAACUGCAUGUUUACAGCCAGCACUGUGUACAGAUGAGGUUCGAAAAGAAUGAAGAGCAUAACCUCUUGAUAUGCUCUCGUAAAAAUGUGUUUGGCUUCAACAAACCCACACCACUCCCCACACAUACAAAGGGAUCAUCAGAAGUAACCUUUGAAAUUGUAACGCUAUUACUAUAAAGACACACCUCAUGAUGUCAAUUAACAACAGACUUAUCUUUUGGCUCUUAACUUAUCUUUUGGCUCCUAUCUAGAGUUAAGGUGUCUAGAUUUAUUUUAAUCAUCCAUAACUAUUAGUAUCGCAGCAGUAUUUCUCUUGAAAGCAAAAUUUCCAUUUAAAAAAAGCAGUUACAUGUCAUAGCUUUGUAUUGUGAAAAUGAUUGUACAGUAUAUGGUUUGUAUAAACUGUAUGUCUUUCCAUUGUCUUGAACAGAAUUUAAAGGGAUCUUGACGAUAGUAACUAUUACAAAGAAUGAAUUGCAUAUUUAUUUUUUCUCAUUUAAAUUAUUUAUGCAAAGUUGUUGUGUUGUAGUGAUAUGAGAACUAUUAUUACCAUAUAAAGUAUUAAAAAAAAAAUUAAAAAAAUAUAUGAAUAUAGUGGAAAAUAUAGAAAUCAUGUUGCAGUUAUUUUAUUACAUAAUUGAUGUUUCUUGUCUUUCUACAACAAUAAAAAAAUUAAAAACACCUGCCAAAA